UGCAAGAAAACAUCUUUGAACUUCACAGGAUGAAGAAAUGCAGGUGUUCUUUUGUGAGCGAAGAUCGCACAGCUAAAAGGUGCAGCUAAUUUUCUCAAUCGGUGCAAAACGAGACUGUUAUAUAAAGAAACCUUUGCAAUAUAUCAGUUCCGGGAAAAACUCGGAAUUGUUUACAGGAAUCAACUUGUUCCUGAAAGAAAAUGCGUGCUUCAAAAAACACGGUAUGUCCCCAGUAGUGGUGCUGGAGUAGCAGGUUGGUUAACCACGGAGGCUGGCUUGAGUUGUACCCGCUAGGGACGCCCGGAACAUCUGCAUGCCUGGCGCGAUUGUUUAGUUUUUCCCCCAAGGUUACUGUUUGAAGUUGAACGUGAACCAUGAACCUGAAGUUACCUCUGACACCUCGCCGCCGGACUAGUGCGCAUGGUCAGGAGUGAUCGGUGCUGCCGCUCGGUUCUCCACGCCUCUCCGCCCGCCUCAGACAGACCACGGACACCCCUGGGGGACACCGCCGUGCGCAACUGCCGUCUACAGCCCCAAGGUCAUAAGGUGCUGCCUGUGCUUCCCGGCCAAAUGCUACACAACUAAGAUUGAUGACCGCGCCAUGACAAGAGAGUGACCAGACAACGACAAAGGUUCCAGCCCCGCUGCUUCCACCGCUUCAGCCCUAUCCAAGACAGCCCUCUUUACAUGCCUGUAAUACGAUAUUGAGCUGAUCACCACGCCAAGCGCUCAUUGGCAUUCAGAGAAUACUGCACCAGAAUUUCUUUGGCCAAACGUCACCUUUGCCAAGCUGCAAAUUCAAGUGCAAACAGCAUCACGUCUUUCCCUCCUGAACUUGGACCCUUGAAUGACUGACGGGAAAAUUGCUGGGUGUAGAGUCAAGUGAUAUUUGACUUUCUGGUGCGUGCCGGUGGCUGCCGCGUCCACAGACCUGCAACCAAAGCAAGACUAUCUCAAGCCGUAGUUUUCAGUGAACAUCCAUAUUUAUGCAGGCUAGGGAGGUCCUCGAGCCCAAUAUAAUGGCCGUCAGAGAUAAUCGGUGGCUGACGUUAGAAGUCUGCCGCGAGUUUCAGAGGGGAACGUGCACCAGACCGGACACAGAAUGCCGCUUUGCGCAUCCGAGCAAGCAGGUACAAGUUGACAACGGACGUGUCGUCGCUUGCUUCGACUCUUUAAAAGGACGUUGCACCAGAGAAAACUGCAAGUACUUGCACCCGCCACCCCACUUGAAAUCCCAGCUAGAAAUCAACGGACGCAACAACCUAAUAGCCCAAGCAAACGCAAAGAACCAGAUCCUACAGCAAGUGCCAUUUCAACCUAUUCUGCCGGGGUCUCAACUACAACCAAUGGAUCAGUACCUGAAACUCUGGGGCUAUCAGUGGAAUACCAAUUUGGAACAGGCCACCCCGCAGUUCAACAACAUUCAGGCUGCUGCAGCCUUUAAUCCGUACUUGAACCCGAUGGCACCUUCAUCGGUGGGGCUGGUGCCCACGGAGGUUCCGUUUCCAAGUGCCGUGCCGCUAGUGCCUGGGGCCAGUGCUCCUGCAGUGCUUCCAGCGAAGAUUGCUCGCACUGACAGACUGGAGGUCUGCCGUGAGUUUCAGCGUGGAAACUGCACAAGAGGAGAGAACGACUGUAAAUACGCCCACCCUACCGAGGGGGUAACAGUCGACACAUCCGACAACUGUGUCACGGUGUGCAUGGACUAUAUCAAAGGUCGCUGCACACGGGAGAAAUGCAAGUACUUCCACCCACCCCCCCACCUGCAGGCCAAGAUCAAGGCAGCUCAGCACCAGGCACAGCAAGCCGCAGCUGCCAUGAGCCCUCUUGGGACUUUAGACAUGAAUAGUCCGGCAGUCCUCUGUCAUAGCUUUGACCUUGAAGAUGGAGGUGACCAGGGUGACCUUCAGUGGAGAGGAAACAUAGGCGCCGAUCAGAAUAUGGUCGGAUUCCCACCUGGCAUGGUUCCGUACGCCAAGCGUCCUACCCUGGACAAAAGCACACUGUACAACCCCCAACUUGCCGCGCAGUACCAGCAAGCCAUCGCCUCUAUGCAACUCCAGCAGGGUCAACAGCCCUUUGUCCCCACGGGUACUGCCUUCCCUCCCAUGAUGCUCCCUGCUCCCGCUGGUGCAGCCACUGCAGCUUCCAAUGUUCCUUACUUCAAUGCACAAAACCAGCCUACGGACCAGCUGCCCGUCUGCCGUGACUUCAAGGCCGGGAACUGCAAACGACCAAACUGCCGUUACGUGCACCUAGUGGAAGACCAUGUUGAAGUGGUUGAUGGGAAGGUUACGGUCUGCCGGGAUGCUUUGAAGAUGAAGUGUGCCCGCCCGAUGUGCAAGUACUACCACGUGCCCGCCGGCCAAACCCUGCCAACCGCUACCACCAUAGUCUGACACGCUGGCCCCCCCACCGCACAGCUGCCAACAAUCCACCACGACAAACGACACAGCUCUCACGUGGAGCUGCGCUGUUCGGACUGACUUCCAGUGGCAAAUACGGCGUCAAAUCGCGUUGAAUUUGCAUCUGUUUUUCCAUCCACCUUUGCAUCAUGUCUGUCGGUGAAGACAAAAGUACUCACACCACAUUCGGCUAUGCAAAGGUGGGCGGAUUGGAUUCGUGGCAGCUCUGUUGUGACAUCAUCAAAUAGCAUUGUUACUAUAACUACUGGAUAGAAUCUGAAAAUCCCCCUCCACUCAACAGAUACUAGAGUAUGUAUGUUGCUCUCUCUCCCCCUUUAGGUGCUAACAAUGUUUCCCAGAUGGCAGCAGUCGAAACCAAAGCCAUUUAAUUUUUAUUAUUAAUGUGUAAAUUGUGGACAUAAUUUUCCUAUGAACUUUUUCAUAAUGAUGAUAACAGUGUUCCUAUAUUGUCCUAAUAUUGUGCAAAGCACGAACGUACGUACGCAAAGAAAUGGUCAUUUUUUAGAGACUGCUCGAGGGCAGAGUGAUCCAGCUGAACAAAAAUGCUUGUGAAGCAUUGUGUUGUUGCACCACUGAUCCAAUGGGCCGAAGGCCAUGUGGAGGGUGUUUUGGGGGGCUCCUCAAUCAUAGAUCGAUCGUGGCAAAGGUCCGUUACAGACGGAGAGAAGGACACAAAGUCUGAAGCCAUAGGCACACUGCUAACUGCAGGACAGGUCACAGCAGAAAAGAUAGGAUAACUCCAGCCCACGUGACGUGACAUGCGGAACCCCCCAAAUCACCUCUCUGUAGCGACUAUUUCCUGGCGCUUGAGGCAUGCCUAGCAUGUAAAUUAAUAAGAACGAGUUGUAAAGAAGAACCCUGUGGGGAACACGCGCUUGUAAAAUAGCUGAGGGAAAAGCUCCGAGCCGGUGCUACUUUAACCGUCAUCAGGUGCUGCUAGGGAAGGACAUGGUAUGGUGAAGACUGUGGAGGGAUAAGGGUUAACUGAGAAGGAUUUUAGCAUUAGGAACGGGCUGCCAAACAUAUAACGUACAAACCAUUAUUCUUGACGAGUGACAAAAACUUUCCACUGAUGCACUUAAUGUGAGAAAACAAUCAGAAUUCCCGUUUAUGUACAUUUGUAGCCAUGUUUCACGCCGUCCCCACUGUAUAUGUCUCACCGAAUCCUCUGUAUCCAACGCCCGAAGCAUCUGGUUAGCGUGAAAAGCACCGAGAUGGAAGCGAUCGUGCCAUUCUGGACAUUCGGAACGGCGCCUUCGCGACUUAGUUCUGACCUUGGAUACACGACGAUUAGAUGGGGGUGACGAGGAUGGUUUGUGCAGUUUUGAGGGAACAUUGAUUUUUAGUGCAAAUUGUGCUUCCAAAGUGAGCACGGGGCUGCCAUCUUGGAAACGGGUGACCUUGUUGAUCUUGGACAGGUUGAUAGAGAAUGUAGGAAUAGUAAGAUUAGACUUGUAGUGCAGAAUUUCCCAAUCAAUGUAUCUAUGAAAGCAAAAAAUUUAAUUGAAUCAAAAUUGAAUUUCCCUUGAAUUGUUUCUAUGGAGCUAGAAUUUUUAUAAAGAUGGAUUGAAUGAAUGACUUUCAUCAUGUAAUGUACUCGAAAUGUGAAUUCACUACCAAAUAUGGAAGUGCACUAAUUUUGAAUGCAUCUAUAGCUGUUGGAGAGGUGGUAGAAUUAUGUGUACUUUUAAUGUAGACAACAAAUCUGAAGUUCUCUUAUUGUAUGAAUAGUAGAGAGUAUUGUGACUACAGUUUGAACUAUGUAAUGUCACCAAUGCUAAUCCUGUGUAUAACAUUGUAGGGGUAGUGCUAGAAUUUUAAAUUAGGAAUUUAGCAAAGUGGGAAUGGAAUUUAGAAAUUGUAAAUUCUAAAAUGUAGAGCUACAAUUCUUGAAACAACUUUCUAUAUCUUUCACAUAUCAGGUUUGUUGUUCAUUUGUUUAGUUAAGAUUCAACAUUAUUUUACUACCUAAAGUUAAUUUCUAUUUUAUGGAUGACAAAAUUAUCGUCAAUUGUAAUGAAUGUCAUCUUGUAGUUAUUUUCCAUCCAAUUGAAAAAAAAAUCAAAAUGAAUGAAAAAUUUUAGAAAAUACAAUCCUAUAACUACAAUGAUAGAAAUCAUUGUUACUAUAAAUAAAUGGUUACAAAAUGCCUUGUGGCUUAGUGAAUAGAAAUUACUAGGAAUUCUUCCAUGUGAGGAUUUCCGAGAAAGCAGAACAUGCUCGCGACGGCCAACAUUAAGUCCAGGCUGAUAUACAUGGCUAUUCUUGCUGGAAAGCAUGUAUUACGAUCCAUGUCACAGUGUCUACUGAAACUGACUGACAGUACGGACAGAUCCAGUGCUGUUUCAGUACUGCAUCUGUACUGUACUCAGUCCAGUAUUCAGUACCUACUUAGCUGCUGUAAGGACAGGCUUGUUAUGUUCAGCCUCUAGGCAGAGUUAAACAUCCAGCUUCCCAUCAUUUCAGAUGGAAACAGUGAAACUUUAAGAAGAAACCUGAAGAAUCCUACAGCAGUUUUUUCAAGAACUAAAAAGCAGAAAGGUUGUAGUGGGGAUGGAUAAGUAGUUACUUGCUUCCUUCCCUGAAACAACUACAACAACCUUCACUACAAUUUACAAAUUAUAUGUCAUUGGUGACAGUCAAGAUAUAAUCUAAUUACAAUACACAAACUUUCAAUGUCUGACUAUUACAGACAAUAGAUGAGAAUGGAGUGGUGGGAAUCUGGUAACUAUUAGCUUUACAUACAUAAGUACAUGCACGAUGAGUUAAUGUAUAAGAAACACUUGAAACAGCUUUGCUCUGUUUAAUUAGUAUAGAUGUGUAGCAGACUACAUUGUAUUACUAUUAGUUAAACACUCUGGAGAAAUGACCACCAAACAGUCGAAUGACAAACAGAGCCGUGAAUAUGUACCACUAGCCAGCCAUCCUAUCACGGUACCUGUAACAUCUAAGCAGUUUCUGUGCACAUGCGUCGUGCGUUGUCAUUGGCUGCUGACAGACGAACACAUGAGGUUGGUUACAUUGAGUUGCAAAAGGGCAUUUCUGCGGAAUGUUCCUUCAAUCAUGGAAAUGAGGCUCGUGCAAUUAGUGUGGAAAGGACACCCAUCCAUUGUGGUGAGAUCAGAGCUAAUGUUUUAGUCUUCUUUUUUCUAGAUCCAGUAUUUUUAGUUUUAUUUUUCUAAAAUUGUUAUCGCAGCCUAAAGAUCUCGGUAUGAGGCAACAUCCUUCCAUACUACACUAGCGUGCAGAGUUGCAUACUUGUGUUCCAUUGUUGCGAGGCUUAUAGUCGGUAGUGUUGUAUGACAAUGAUAUAAAACCAGUGGAUGUACACUGAACUAUGGCUUACUAGAAACGUUUAACGUUCACUUUCCAACAUACGCUAGUCUUGGCUUGAUUUAUAUGUGUUUUGUCCAAUAAUUUGUGUGUUUUCUCUUUCAUACUCUGGUUAAGAUGGCCUCCACAGCCAGCUGCUUAGUAAAGCAAAGUAUCAGAGUAUAAUCUCAA